CCCUCUGCGCGAUGGGGUUGGCACGCGGAGGACAAAGCCCAGCAGUGAUGGGACAGGGACUCUGCAAGUGGUUUCCGUCAAUACGCACAGUGUGCGUGGGGACGCAGGAGGCCACCAGCUCGAGGGAGCCAGCAUGUGUGCUGUGUGGCCGAGUGGAUGAUGACUCCAGCAUCCUUGGGUGCAAAGAAGAGCACAGUGGAUACUAUUUCCAUAUGUAUUGUGUGAAAGCUUCCAAUGAUCUUUGUCAACCAGGAUCAGAUAGCGACAGUGCAAGAUUUUAUUUACACGACCUGAUAAGCACAGUGAGACAGGCAGAGAAGAAGCUCUGCUUCAUUUGUGGCAAGAGGGGGGCCUUCAUCACCUGCACGGAGCCAGACUGUAACCGCAGCUUCCAUCUCCCCUGUGCCUCAGAGGGUGAAUAUAUCACCCAGUACUUUGGAGAGUUCAGGUCCUUCUGCUGUGAGCACCGCCCGCAGCAGGCAGUGGAGGCAGUGCCGGAGCAGGACACGACCUGCAUUAUCUGCAUGGACCCCGUAGGUGACAGCAAGUCGUACAGCACCAUGGUGUGCCCGUCUUGCCAACACGCCUGGUUCCACCGGGCGUGCAUCCAGGUAGGAGCAUUCCCUCGCCCUAUGGGAAUGGUCAGUGCUCAGCAGCACCAGGCCCGGCUCACACUCACGUUGCUUGUGUUUGUGCUGCAGGAACAGGCCCUGUGCACGGGGAUUGACUGCUUCCAGUGCUCCCUCUGCAGAGACAGGGACUUUUUUAUUGCAGACAUGCUCGCCAUGGGGAUCCGAAUCCCACUCAGAAGACCAACAUGGGAGGACGACAAUGCCUUUGCAUCCCUGGGAGUUAGGUACCAGCACUGUGAUGCCAGUGACUGCCUUAAUCCACAGGGCAGAGAUUGGGAAGAGGAAGAAGGGCCCUGGGAGCUGCUCCUCUGCAGCUCCUGUGCUGCACAAGGGACUCAUCGGCGCUGUUCCUACCUGAGUCACAGCACAGCCGAGUGGGAGUGCAACACCUGUGCUGGAGAGGGCAUCGACUCCAACACAAAUUUGGACAGUGCUGGACUCAGCACCAUCGCCCAGCAGGAACCAGGGCCAUCCCAAGGCUCCAGCACCACCAGCCAGGCACCAUCAGGGUCAGCUGACUGUUCCCAUGUGCCUGCAAGCAGCAGCUGGUCCAGCCAGCACAGGACGGGCCGGAGGAGAGUCCGCCUGCAUUUACGCCGGGAUGAGAACACCUACAAUCAGCCCCGAGGAUGCCGUGGGAGCUGCCGUAAUGCUGCCCCAAUUGCUGGGAGCAGCUCCCUAAACUCUGCCAGGCGUAGCACAUCAGAGUCCUCGAGGCACUCCCCAGAACUUGGCUACAACCGCUGGUGCAAACAGGGACUGCGGGCCCGGACACGAAGCCGCUCUCCGUUGCAGCGCCGGGCCCAAGGUUCUCCAAGCCAGCACCAAACACGCCGUGGGAGCAGACAGGCACCAACACCAAGUGCUAAGAGCUGCACCCACAGCUACACCACACGGAGAGCACCGCGGUCCUCAGGGGAUUCCACAGCGGCUGAUGGAAGCCGGUCCCGGCAGCCAGGGCGGGCGCGGACUCGAAGCCGCUCCCCUCUUGAACAUCGGGCUGCAGAGAUCCACAGCCAGCCCCAAAGACGCCGCAGGAGCCAAUCCAGGCGGCGAGGGCCACCCCGGGGGAGACACCGCUCCCGGGUACCACGUCAGGCCCAGCACAUCCACAGCCGGCCCUAA